CGUCAGCCCGUCAAACCCCAGUAACGCUGUUCAGGGUGUUCAGGCAACACGUCUCUUCUCUAUGGCUCGGACACUGCGGCUCUCGUGGCUUUUCUUCGUGCUCAUUUUCCUUCUGGUGGGACUGCAAGGAGAGCCCAAAGAGACAGCAAGGGGACGGAACAAGAGGGACAUCAGCAACGAUCAGCCUCGCAUGCUGUCAGAUAAUGGGCACCUUGUCUUCACAACUGGUGACAAUAGAGAGAUCCGCUUCCAGACGUCGGCAUCAGGCCGGGUUAAGGUGGAUAAUGAAGACCUCACCCAACUUUUGAGUCAGAUCAAAACCAACAGAGAAGACAUUAAUGACAUAAAGUCUCACGGAGGAGCAGUUCCCCCGGAAGUCACCAACAAACUUAACCAGCUUGAUACCAAGGUGUCAACACUGGAGACUAAAGUGACUGCACUUGAAUUGACAGUGCAGAAGGUGUCCUGCAGCAGUAAUCCCUGUCAGAAUGGAGGAACAUGUCUGAACUUACUCAACGCAUACCACUGUGUGUGUCCCAGCAACUGGGCUGGUCCUAACUGUGCAACGGAUGUGAAUGAGUGUCAGGUAUAUUCAGGAACAUUUCAGAGUUGUCAGAAUGGAGCAACCUGUGUCAACUCCCCUGGAUCGUUCACGUGUACCUGUUCUCCAGAAUGGUCCGGGACUCUCUGUACGGUGCGGUAUGAUGACUGCAGGAAUGCAGGAAGUGACCUGUGUGUACAUGGCACAUGCAUCGAUGCAGACCGGGUUGUACCUGGACAGCCUAAAUAUCAAUGCAUCUGUGAGGGGGGCUGGGAGGCUCCAGCUGGGAACCCGUCCUGUGUGGCUGAUGUUGACGAGUGUAACCUACCCAACAAACCCUGCUCCACCAACCCUGCUGUUCCCUGCUACAACACUCAGGGUUCCUUCUACUGUGGAGCCUGUCCUGCUGGUUGGCAAGGCAAUGGCUACAGCUGUCAGGAUGUGGACGAAUGUUUGAUCAAUAAUGGCGGCUGCUCCACCACUCCUGUGGUGCCAUGUCUGAACACCAUGGGCUCCUUCCACUGUGGCGUCUGCCCUCCAGGUUAUGAGGGGGAUGGAAGAACAUGCACCCAGACCAAUAUCUGCACCAGCAACAAUGGAGGCUGUCAUCCUUUGGCCACUUGCUCCUCCAGCCUAGGCACCAGCCUCCCUAUAUGUACCUGCCCUCCAGGCUACACAGGCAACGGGUAUGGACCAAGUGGUUGCACCCAGACCAGCAACAUCUGUCAGACCAACAACCCCUGUGUCAAUGGACAGUGUGUGGCCACCAUCUCGGCUCCUGGCUACAUCUGCACUUGCAACCCUGGCUGGCAAGGAGUGAACUGUGACCAGAACAUCAAUGAGUGCUUAAGCAACCCCUGUCAGAACGGAGGAACCUGCACCGAUGGCAUAAAUGGAGUGACAUGUACUUGCACCGCCCAGUGGACUGGCCCACUCUGCCAGACCCCACAGCAAGUGUGUGGAGGCUACCUGUCCGGCCCUGCUGGCUCCUUCAGUUAUCCCAACACCCCGGGGCAUGAUGAGUACGAUCACCAGGUCAGCUGUGCCUGGGUGAUCCACGUUGACCAAGACAAGAUUCUGCGAAUUACCUUUCCUUUCUUUGAUCUGGAGAGCAGCACCAACUGCAACUUUGACUUCCUUCAGAUCCAUGACGGGGACUCUGCCUCUGCUCACAUGAUCGGGAAAUACUGUGGUCACAAUAACCCACAGGAGCUCUACAGCUCCCACAACUCCCUAUAUUUCUGGUUUCGCUCGGACCACACUCUUAAUGCUGGUGGCUUCACAGUUGCUUGGCAGUCCGUGAACCCAGUGUGUGGAGGUGAACUAACUGCCCCCUAUGGCAACAUCAACUCGCCUGGUUACCCUGGGAACUACCCACCUAGCCGAGACUGUUAUUGGAGAGUGAUGGUGGAGCCCGGCUUGCUCAUCACCUUUGCAUUCGGGACUCUCAGUCUGGAGCAGCACCCUGACUGCAACUUUGACUUCCUAGAGAUCCGGGACGGUCUUCUACCUGAAGACCCACUUCUGGGGAAGUACUGCAAUACUGCAUCACCUCCCCCCCUGGAGACCACCGGUCCAGCUGCAUGGAUCCACUUCCACUCUGACUUUAUUGUCUCUGACCGAGGCUUCCACAUCACAUACACAACAUCACCAAGUGACCCUGGUUGUGGUGGUACCUUCACUGACAGCGAAGGCAUCAUCAUCUCCCCCAACUGGCCCAACAACUAUGCCCACAACCGCCAGUGUAUCUAUCUGAUCAGGUUGCCAGUGGGGGAGAAGGUGGCCCUCAACUUCACCCACAUGAACCUGGAGAUCCACAGCAGCUGCACCUUUGACUAUGUGGAGGUUCGUGAUGGUGGAAUGGAAACUGAUCCUCUGAUAGGGAGGUACUGUGGGAGCUCCCUGCCGGCUCCCAUUCUGUCCUCCUCCAACCUCCUGUGGAUUCGUUUCAGGUCCGACGCCUCGAUCAGCCAGGCUGGUUUCAGGGCGGUCUACACCGUUGGUUGUGGAGGUACUUUGUCCGGGACCGGGCAGUUCCGCUCUCCCUACCACCCCAAUGCCUAUCCCCACAACAAGGUCUGCGAGUGGGUCAUCAACCAGCCAGAGGGCUAUGUGGUCACCCUCAACUUCCUGUCAUUUGACGUGGAGGGAGGCUCCUGCAGUUUUGACUCAGUUGAGGUGAGGGAUGGCUCCACGUCCAGUUCUCCUCUGCUGGGGACAUUUUGUGGUGUUGAGAUCCCCCCCCGGCUCCAGUCCACUCAGAGAUCUAUGUACAUCCGCUUUAAGACAGACGCCUCUGUGAGCAACAAUGGCUUUGAAGCAGCCUAUGACUCUGCCUUGGAGGGCUGUGGGGAUACCCUGACCAGUCCUUCUGGCACCAUCACGAGCCCUGGCCACCCCAACAACUACCCCCAUGGUGCUAACUGUACCUGGUACAUCAGCGUUGCCCCUGGCAACCUGGUUCGCCUGUCGUUUGACUCCUUCAACCUGGAGUACCACACCGACUGUUACUAUGAUUACGUGGAGGUGUACGACAAUGGCACUGUGCAGACAGGAAACAAGAUUGGCAGGUACUGUGGCCGCUCAGUGCCUCCAUCCAUCACCAGCACUGACAGCAUGCUCACACUGCUGUUUGUGUCGGACUCAAGUUUGGGAACCGAGGGAUUCUCUGCCAGAUAUGUCUCAAUCGAUGCCACCACAGACUGUGGUGAGACUUUCACCUCCUCUACCGGCUCCUUCAGUUCACCCAACUUCCCUGACAACUACCCUAACAACAGAGACUGCAUCUUCAAGAUCAUUGUGGAAGUCAACAUGCAGAUCAUGCUGAACUUCAGCGACUUUCAGCUGGAGGGCUCCCCUCCUUCAUGCAGCUUUGACUUUGUAGAGAUCAGGGACGGGGGCUACGAGACAUCUCCCUUGAUUGGUAGGUUCUGUGCCUCCCAAGGGCCUCCAGUUCUGGUCUCCCAUAGCAAUCGUCUUUGGGUUAGAUUCCGCUCGGAUAGCGCCAUCACGUAUCGUGGAUUCACUGCCCACUGGGAUGGCACACAGACUGGCUGCGGCGGGAUGCUGACCACUGCGUCCGGAGGGUUUUCCUCCCCUAACUACCCCUUGCCCUACCACCCUAACGCUGAGUGCUACUGGACCAUCCGGACCACCCAGGGCAGCCAGCUCCUCCUCUCCUUCUCAGAUUUUCACCUGGAGUCCAGCUCCACCUGCUCUUUUGAUUACCUGGCGGUGUAUGAUGGUAACAGCAGCAGUUCUCCAGAGCUGGCCAAGUUGUGUGGCAGUAAUCUGCCGAGCUCCAUCAACUCCACCAGCAAUCAUCUCUACGUCAAGCUACGCACUGACAUCAGCGUCAGCGCAGGAGGCUUCCUGGCAUCGUACACCUCCAAUUGCCGCGGUGUGCUCAUCUCAGGCCGACACAGUGGAGUACUGGAGUCACUGAACUUUCCCAACGACUACCCAGCCUACUCGGAGUGCAGCUGGACCAUCCAAGCCAGCAGUGGAAACACAGUCAACUACACCUUCACCUCCUUCCAGCUGGAGGCCACCUCCAGUUCCUGUGUCUAUGACUACGUCAAGCUCUAUAAUGGGCCGAACGCACAAGCCCCUCUGAUUGGUACCUACUGUGGAACCACGCCCCCCCCAGCCAACACCACCACAAGCUCAGCCCUCACCGUCGUGUUCCGAUCAGACGGCUCUUUGUCCAGGCCGGGCUUCCAGAUGAUGUGGUACCAGAAUGGUUGUGGUGGGGACCUCUCUGGUCCCAGUGGCUCCUUCAACAGUCCCGACUACCCCAACAGGUAUCCAGAAAACAGGGAGUGCAUCUGGUAUGUCACCACGUCAGCUGGCAGCAGCAUCACCCUCACUAUCCAUGAGUUCGAUGUGGAGUUCCAUCCAAACUGCAACUACGAUGUGCUGGAAGUGUACGGGGGCCCGGACCUGUUGGCCCCCCGGCUGGCCCAGCUGUGCAGCACCACAUCCAGCCCCAUGCAAGUCUCCAGCACCGGCAACCGGCUCACAGUGCGCUUCCAGUCCGACGCCUACGUCAGCGGCCGAGGUUUCAACGCCAGCUGGGCUGAAGUUCCGGGAGGCUGCGGAGGCCCAGUCACCGCUCCAUCAGGGGAGAUCCAUUCUCCUUUGUAUCCUAACAGCUAUCCCCCCAACGUGGACUGUUCCUGGGUCAUCAGCGUGGAUCCCAACCACCGCGUACUCUUCAACUUCUCCGACCUGGACGUUGAACCUCAUAGCAACUGCUCCUGGGACUAUGUGGCCAUCCAUGAUGGUCCAAGCAUCUCUUCUGCUCUGCUUGCCCAUGUGUGUGGCACCACUCUUCCUCCUCCCAUCACCUCCACCCAGAACACCAUCUAUGUCCGUUUUCGGUCCGACUCCAGUCUCAGCCACCGGGGCUUCAGUGCUCGAUUUUCUGAGGCUUGUGGUGCAACAAUCACGACUGAUGAUAUUGGUGGGGUCAUUGCGUCGCCACGGUACCCAGGCCAAUACCCACCGAGUCUGAACUGUAGUUGGAUCAUCAAAGCACAGGAACCAUUCAACCAUGUGAGCCUGUCGUUCACUGACUUUGAGUUGGAAAGGAUUGACACCAACUGCUCCCAUGAUGCAGUGGAGAUCCUGGAUGGAGACAACUAUCAGGCGCCGUCUAUAGGGCGCUACUGUGGCAAUGAAAUACCUCACCCAGUGACAUCCUUCAGUAACGCCAUGGUGGUCAACUUCGUCACCGAUAGUUCCGUCUCCAAAAAAGGGUUCCAGGCCACGUACUCAGCAUCCACCUCCAGUUGUGGGGGAGAUCUGGUGAUGGAGAGCGGUGCGUUCAACAGCCCCAACUAUCCGGAUGCGUAUCCGCCAAAUGUGGAGUGUGUGUGGACAAUCAGAAGCUCGCCAGGGAACCGUCUCCAGCUCUCAUUCAUUAUCUUUCACCUGCAGGGAGACUCUGGCUGCCACAGCGACUACCUGGAAAUCAGAGAAGGGAACUCCACCGGCCAUCUGGUUGGUCGCUUCUGUGGAGACUCCCUCCCCUCCAACUACACCUCUGUGAUUGGUCACAUCCUGUGGGUUAAGUUCGUCUCAGACUCAUCCAUCAGCGGAGCGGGAUUCAGAGCCACCUUCUCACAUUUGUAUGGUAAUGAUGUGGUCGGGGACUUUGGUCAGAUAGCAUCCCCACUGUAUCCCAGAACGUACCCCAACAAUGCCCACUACCGCUGGACCAUAACUGUGGCGGGGGAAAGCUACAUCCAGAUCCGCUUUUUGGACAUGGACAUAGAGGACCUGCAAAACUGCUACUACGACCAUCUCAAAAUAUUUGACGGCCCCAAUGUUUAUUACUUACCCAUUGGAACAUUCUGUGGUCUGGCCCUGCCCCCACCCAUUAGAAGUUCUGCAAGCACAGUGACCCUGCAGUUCCAGACGGAUUCAGUGGUGGGGGGGCGAGGUUUCCUUGUGGAAUGGACUGCUGUCCAGGACUCUGGACCACCACCCACUAUCCCACCAGGUGCAUGUGGUGGAUUUCUAAUGACCGGGGAGACUCCUGGCUUCCUCUUCUCUCCUGGCUGGCCUGAGAUCUACCUUCCUAACCAGGAGUGUACCUGGCUGAUCCGUUCUCCAAACUCCAUUGUAGAGUUGAACCUCUUGACUCUGGACAUAGAGGACUACCCCGGCUGCUACUUUGACAGCCUUGUCAUCAGAGACGGUGCUAGCAGUCAGUCCCCUGUGCUGGCCAGUGUGUGUGGUCGGGAGCCUCCAUCUACUCUCCACUCAACAGGAGACUCCAUGCACAUCCACUUCUCGUCAGACAGCAGCAUCAGCGGCCGAGGUUUUAAUGCCUCUUACUCCAGAGGUUGUGGCGGCCUCCUGCAUGUGGACCGAGGCGUUCUGAGCAGUCCCCACUACCCUCAGAACUACAGGCCCGGUCUGGACUGUAGCUGGCAUGUGAUGGUGACGCCGGGCUUCAGAGUGUCUGUCAGCUUCCAGAGCCCCUUCCAGAUCCAAGGCUUUGGAACCGCAUGCAGCUCAGGAGACUACCUGGAGCUCCGGAACGGUCCAGAUGCUUCGACUCCACCACUGGGGGGGCGUCUCUGUGGUGCCAGUGUGCCGUCCCUCCUCCAAACUACUGACAACCACCUCUUCAUUCACUUUGCAUCCGACGACACCAACGAGGCCAGCGGCUUCAAGCUGACCUUUGAAGCCCACAGUCAGGCGUGCGGAGGCUUCAUUGAGUUGAAUGAUAAUGAUCCUCCAGGGUACAUCACUUCACCCAACUAUCCUCAGAACUACCCCCAAAACAUUGACUGUAUCUGGGUCAUCACUGUGCCCAAUGGAGAGGCUGUCCAAAUCAACUUUGAUGACUUCUACAUUGAACCCACAGUCAGCUGUUCCUUUGACUACUUGGAGUUGCGUGACGGCUCAACCUCCAACUCUGGCUUCAUUGCCCGACUUUGUGGCAACACCCGGCCGUCUACCCAGCAUUCAACAGGUUCCUCCAUGCUGCUCAGGUUUCGUACUGACGCCAGCAUCACGCACAAAGGCUUCAAGGCAAAGUACUCCAUAGCAACAUGUGGAGGCACCUACAUAGGUCAGCAGGGGACAAUCCACAGCCCUGGCUUCCCAGGAUCCAACUAUCCCGACAGCUCCAGCUGUGAGUGGUAUCUGGAGGGGCCCACGGGCCACUACCUCACCCUCACGUACGGGAACUUCAGCCUGCAGACCUCUUCAGGAUGCUCUGCCGACUAUGUGGAGAUCAGAGAGUACAAUGCCUCAGGGCGUCUCCUGGGCCGGCACUGUGCCAGUAACCUUCCAGUUUCCAUGGACACGUCUGACAGCUUCGCCUACGUCAAGUUUGUCAGCGACACCAGCGGCAAUGCACCUGGCUUCAGUCUGACGUUUGAAGCCAGCGUUGAAGUCUGCGGAGGAGAGCUGAAUGCUCCCUCGGGAACAAUCUCCUCCCCCAAUUACCCCAACUUGUACCCCCACAGCCGGGUGUGUUGCUGGGAGCUGGUGGUGACACCCGGCCGCCGGGUCACACUCAGCAUCGACGACCUGCGGCUGGAGGAUUCUGGGACUUCCUGUGCAUUUGACUACGUUGAGAUACUGAACGGGUUGGCGGCCGAUGCCCCGCGUCUGCAGAAACUCUGUGGUACGGUACCGGCAGGCACGCUGGUGCGCUCCUCCGGCAACACCAUGACUGUUGUCUUCCACUCUGACGCUUCUGUGUCCAAUGGCGGCUUCACGGCUUCCUACUCCUCCGAGGAGCCUGCAGAGUGUGGUGGAGUCCUGGACAACCCAGCGGGCGGGAACUUCACGUCCCCCGGCUACCUGGUGUCCAACUACAGCAACAACCUCAACUGUGAGUGGCUGAUCCGGAACCCACAGCACGUCAACUCCUCUAUCGUGGUACUGAUAGAGGACCUGCACCUGGAGAACCACCAAACCUGUGACAGAGACUACCUCCAGUUCCGCUUAGGUGACCAUGAUGGGGAGCUGUUGGCCAAGUUUUGUGGGCAAACCGUCCCCAACCUUCCCAUUGUGGUCUUCACCCCAGAGCUCUGGGUCCAUUUCAAGACAGACACCUCCCAGGGAGACCUGGGCUUCAAGGCCAAGUACUUGUUCUCUGAGUGUGGAGGCUGGCAGACAGGAGAGGCAGGGGUGAUAUCCAGUCCUGGCUACCCCAACAUCUACCCCAGCCCCAGUCGUUGUGCUUGGCUGCUCGAGGCCCCAGUAGGCCACACUAUUAAGCUAACCUUCAGCCACUUUCACGUGGAGCCCCACCCUCAAUGUAACUGGGACUCUGUCACCAUCUUCAAUGGAGGCUCCCCCGGCUCCCCUGUUAUUGGCCAGUACUGCGGGACCACCUCCCCAGGAACCAUCCAGUCAGGAUCCAACAAGCUCGCUGUAGUCUUCCUGGCGGACCAUGUUGUGUCCGGAGGAGGCUUUUUGGCCUCCUGGUCUACUGAUUCCUCAGGCUGUGGAGGGGUGAUCCAUGCUGAUACGGGAACAAUCAAGUCUCCAAACUAUCCCCAGAAUUUCCCGGCCAAUGUGGAGUGUUCCUGGCGGAUCAUUGCCCAUGAGGGGAGCCACCUGGAGAUGAGCUUCAACAGCGAUUUCCAGAUUCCAGACAGCACCGGGACCUGCCAGAGCAGCUACAUCAAGGUGUGGUCAGGUCCUACCCAAAAUACCCAGGCUCUGCUGUCAACAGGCUGCGGCUCGGUGGCGCCGGGCCCUGUCAUUGCUCCAUAUAACGUCAUCACAAGCCGGUUCCAGGGCACUGAAGCCCCUGGCAGAGGUUUCUCAGCCUCCUUCAGCACCAGGUGCGGUGCAAACUUCUCAGCUCCCAGCGGCCGUGUGGUUUCUCCAAAUUACCCAGCCAACUACCCGGACUACUCCAACUGCAAUUACACCAUAGAUGCUGGACAACAGAGCGUGGUCGUCCUCACCUUCAAAGUCUUCCAAGUAGAAGCACACUCCACCUGUCUGUAUGAUGGGCUGAAGAUCUACAGCCUGGCUACUAGUGGCUCUGCUAUCGCCACUGUUUGUGGUAGCAACAUCCCAGGGCCCUUCUUCAGCUUUGGCCCCAUGUUACUCCACUUCUACUCUGACUCUGUGAUUGAGGACCGUGGUUUCAUGGCAGAAUACAGUGCCAUACCAUGUGGUGGUUUCUUCAACAGCACUGCAGGUACAGUGAGCAGUCCAGCGCUCUCCAUGACCAACUACCACCACAACAUCAACUGUACCUACCAUAUCAUGGUCCGUCAAAACCGAAUCAUGGAUCUCAAGUUUAACACCUUCCACCUGGAGGCUUCUUCUUCCUGUCAGUUUGACUAUGUGGCAGUGUAUGACGGACAGGACACCUUGGCGCCCUUGCUGGGACAGUUCUGCGGUGCAGUGCUUCCACCCGAUCUGCGCUCCUCCACCAACCAGUUGUUCAUCGUCUUCAAGACAGACGCGUCAGUGAAUGGGAUUGGUUGGAGGGCUACUUACAGUGAGACACUCGGUCCAGCACAGGGAUGUGGUGGCUACCUGUCCAUGCCCAUGGGCAUGUUUGGUUCUCCAGAUCCAGACCUGGAUGGGCGCUACGAGCCAAGGUUGAACUGCCUGUGGACCAUUGAGAUGCCAGUCAACAAUGCCAUCAACCUGACCUUCACUUCCUUCGACGUUGAGAACUCCGCUAAUUGCCGCUACGACUAUGUCAACGUCUAUGAUGGCGACAACACCAACUUCCCCCUGGUUGGGACAUUCUGUGGAAACACCGUCCCUGCUCAUUUUAUAUCCAGUGGAAAUCUCCUGACGAUUCACUUUCACUCUGAUAGCGUAGUGCAGAAAGCAGGCUUCAACGCUACCUACAGAGCUGUGCCAUUGUUGUGCGGCGGGACUCUGAAUGCCACCACCUCCAUCCAGACCCUGACCUCACCUUUCUUCCCCAAUGCCUAUCCUCCUUACACGUCCUGCCGCUGGAUCCUGGAUGCUCCAGCCCAGGAAAGCAUUAAAGUGUCAGUUGAGACUUUUGUCCUCCAGCCCAGCCAGAGCUGCUCCACAAACUACCUGGACAUGAAGGACUGGCCUGUGGGAGACAAUGGACAGUCACAUAAGUUCUGUGCUUCAGAUGCUCAUCCUCCAGACUUCUACAGCUACAGCAGAACACUCCUCCUGCACUUCAAAUCUGACACCUUCAUGACAGGAAACGGCCUGAGGUUCACCUAUCAGAUCGCAGGCUGUAGCAGGACCUAUGAACAGGAGUAUGGCUACCUGAAGAGUCCGGGCUGGCCCGACGUCUACCCCCACAACCAGGACUGCACCAUCGUCCUGAAAGCGCCCCAGAACAGCUACAUCUCCUUCUUCUUUGACAGUUUUGACUUGGAGAGCCACAGUGAGUGUGGAUUUGACUACCUGGAGAUCCGUAACGGCAGCACAGCAGACUCCCCACUGAUUGGUCGGUUCUGCGGCAGCACCUUGCCCAGCCCCAUCUUCCCACAGUCCAACCAGCUCUACUUAUACUUCAAGAGUGACUUCUCCAGCGCCCGAGAUGGCUUCGAGGCCACAUGGACAUCCUCCCCUCACGGUUGUGGUGGUACGCUGUAUGGAGACCAUGGCUCAUUCUCAAGUCCCAACUACCCGGGCACCUAUCCCAACGGCACCCACUGUGAAUGGGGCAUCGUGGCACCCAGAGGUCGCGUGGUGACCGUCACCUUUGCCCAGAUCAGUAUUGAUGACCCUGGAGAUUGCCAGAAUAACUUCUUGAAGCUGUAUGAUGGCCCAGACGCCUCCUCUCUGCCUGUGGGACCUUACUGUGGAGUGGAAACCAACAUCGCUCCGUUCACCGCCUCCUCCCAUCACGUCUACGUCCUUUUCCAAGCCCAGUACUCCACCCUGCCUUCAGGGUUCAGACUCACCUGGAGCAGCUGAUACACACACACA